AAAGGCUGUCAGAAAAGGUUUUAAAAGAAGAAGUCAAGGCAGAAAGCAGUCAAAGGCACGGAGGCAUUUAAGUCACUGGCACAUUGUGGAAACGGACUUUGUGCUGACCUUUAUUCAACCAUUGCCAUAAUGGAUUUAGGGGAUUAUGAUCCCGGCCAGUAUGACAACUACACUUACAAUGACGAUAACGAGACCACAAUACAGGAGUCCUCUUCCCUACCCAUCACAGGGUGUUUUGAUUCGAUUAUCUGCAUUGCACUCAUUAUCAUCAACGUCGUCAUCUUCAUACUGGGCUUCUGCGGCAAUGCUGUCGUGAUUUGGAUCGCCGGCUUCAAGAUGAACAAGUCGGUUAACACCACCUGGUACCUGAGCCUGGCCAUCUCUGACUUCAUCUUCUGUGCCUGCUUGCCCUUUGGUAUCGCGAACUUGGCGAUGGGAGAGUGGAUAUUCGGCCUGGUCAUGUGUAAGCUCACCUCCUUCGUCAUGUUCCUCAACAUGUUCAGCAGCAUCUUCCUGCUGGUGGUCAUCAGCGUAGACCGCUGCGUGUCUGUGGCUUUUCCCGUGUGGGCGCAGAACCAACGCACCGUCAGGAAGGCCUCAGCCGUGGUAGUCCUGGCCUGGUUGAUGUCCAUCACGCUCAGCAUGCCCAGUAUGGUGUUCCGUGACGUGUCCGACCACCGAGGGAAGGUAACAUGCGCCAACAAUUACACCACAUAUAGACACAGCCAUAAGUACGUGGCGUGGAGCCGCUUCCUUGGAGGGUUCGUGGUGCCCUUCUUGAUCAUCAUCUUCUGCUACUCUGUCAUCAUCCUCAAACUCACAAAGAAUAAGAUGACCAAAUCGACCAAACCCUUCAAGGUCAUGUCGGCCCUCAUCGCCACAUUCUUCAUCUGCUGGCUUCCAUACCACUUCUUCAUUCUGCUGGAGCUGAACCCCCACCAGUUCGAUGUGGAGAACCUCACCAUUGGACUACAGGUGGGCACGACUAUUGCGACGGCCAACAGCUUCCUGAACCCGUUCCUCUAUGUGUUCAUGGGCAACGACUUCAAGCAGAAGUUCAAGAGUUCCCUGCUCAACAAAAUGGAGAAUGCUAUGGGCGAAGACGGCCGCACUCUCAGCCGGUACCUGUCCAGGUCCAGCUCUUAUGACGCCAGGGCCUCUACACACAUCUAGAAUGCUCCAGCUUAUGAACAUUACAAACAUAACAUCUGCUGUCUGUGUCCAGAUGGCAAUGUUUUCCCACCUAUAGCUCCUAUACGUCAAAUACAAUCAUUGAUUUGUCAUACAAAGAAUGUAGAUGGGGACGGAUAUAGCGCAGUGGCUUACGUGUUUGACUUCAGCCUUAAGGGUCUGGGUUCGAUCCCUCAUGUACACAGCCUACCUGUAAGCAUCUUUGACCAAGAUGCCCAACCCCUUUCUACUCCUUAAUGACCUGAAUCUGUAUUCACUGUAAAUCAUGUUGGAUUGAAGUGUGGUCAAUUUAAAAAUUGGAUCUAUAAAUAAUAUAUCAUGUAUUUCUCAGGUAACCUAAGCUUAGUCCUGGUCCUAGCGGUAAGAGUUGUAUAGAGUUGUUUACUUAAUAUGAUUGUUCACAGGGGUAUGUGGAAAUGUAUACUUUUAAUUUGAAUGUCUUGUCGGUUAAUAGCCAUAAUAACAGGAAUGUGGAUGUAGGAAUUUUGUGAAAUCAUUAUUGAUAUUUUAAGGAAGGAAAACCACUACAAUUCUCUGCUGUUGUUUUUGCUGAUAAAAAGAUAUUUGUCAAGGAACAUUGCUAAGUUCUACAUGAAUAUGAGAAGUAUAUAAAUAGGUAAAGACAGUCAUCGUCAUAGCUGUUUAAUUAUCGUUUUUCACGAAUACAAUAUAGCUAAAUAUAUGACCAGCCAAACAUCUAGGCAUAUUGUAUAAGGUUCUUUCCUGUAAUAUGCGUUUCAUAGAACUAUUAGGUUAAAAUAGGCAUGCUUUAUUACUUAUUCCAAUUAUAUUCAAAUAUUCCAUAAAAUGUUCUUUCAAUCCUAGAAUCAAAAGGUCAUGAACUUAUGAUUUCAUUAUCAAUAAAAAAAAUGAACCAGAAUCAAACUGAGCCAGAACUUGGCUGGUGUCUGCAUUAUUAUGAGUAAUAAGAUAAUGAGAAUAGUAUAGAUCGUCUGUAGUAAGGAAAAGUUUUUAGGAAACAUAGAGUUGGCUUUUUUUUGUCCUUCAAAUAAUUUCAGAUACUUGAAGCUUAGCAUGCUAGCCUGUGGCCCAUAGCUAUACUUUCUAUGACACUUAGGGUAGAGCUAGAUCCUUUUUUUGAGAAAGGAGAAACAUCUAAGUGAGCAACAGGGGAUAUAUGAUGAUGCUAUUAACCGUGAAACUUUUCUUUCUGACCUUAUAAGUAGGCUACAUAAGGGUUUUCAGACGAGGUUGAGUUGAUCAGAAUAACCUACAUAAAUCAAGCAAGGAAUUUCAUUGUUGUUGGUGUUAUAUGCUGUGUGAAUGCAUGCUUGUGUGUCAAAAAAUGGAAAUGCAAUUUGAAAUCUUGACCCCAGGAAGAACAGCACUCGUCUGUGUACGAGGGAUUGUUGAUCAAUAAACAUUUCAAUUUCAAUUUCAAUUUCAACCGUGAACCGUAAAUAUCACACGGAAAAUGCUGGGACGCUUGAAACAUAAACAAGCUAGCUGGCACAGAGGAGGGGAAACACGCUGACUCAAUACACUGGUAGUUACGACACUGAUU